AAAUAUCCGUCCAUGGCUCCAAAUUUAAAUAUCAAUGACUGCUGGGAAGGUCUUGCCUGUCAGUGUGAUGGUUGCUCCUGUAAGGACACUAGGAGCGGAAUGUUACUUUGCCUUGAAGGUGUGGAAUGGUCAACAGACUGGAGCUGCAGCAGUAUUGGUGGCUGAUGGCAUAGAUGAACAUCUAGUUACAAUGGAUUCUCCCAAGGAAAACACUGAUGCAGAAAAAUAUGUGGAGAAGAUUGACAUUCCAUCAGCUUUGAUAAAAAGGGCUUUUGGUGACAGCCUAAAGCAAGCCUUGAAUAAAGGUGAAGAUGUGGUGAUAAGGUUGGACUGGAGAGAGUCAGUGCCACAUCCUGACCAGAGAGUUGAAUAUGAGUUCUGGACAAACAGCAAUGAUGAGUGUGGGAUUCGUUGUGAUGAGCAGAUAAAUUUUAUAAAGAACUUCAAAGGUCAUGCUCAGAUUCUUGAAAAGGGGGGUUACACUUUGUUCACACCACAUUACAUAACUUGGUAUUGCCCUGAGCCUUUUAUUUCUAGCAGACAGUG